AUGGAUUCGGCAUGGACGAAGAAUCUCAAACUCGAACUUGCCUCGCUCACGCAGCCAGAUUGUCGCACCUUCAUUCGUCAGCGGGCCUUUGCGUGCAUUGCCGACUUUGAAACGGGUGGAAUUGACCUCGCCUCUUCUGAGUUUAAAUCUUUCAUGGCUCUAUCCAUCGGUGAAUCCAUCUAUGUUGAACGGCCUCUCUUAACCGAUCCAUCUGGACCCGGUGAACCGAACAAAGUCAUCCGUCUUGAUGGAAAUGUAAGCAAGUCGGGCCUGAUGCUCAUGAUUCCACCUGCAGAGCCAAUGAUCUCAGAGCCCAAUCCUGACAGUUGGCGUAUCGUCGAACGAGAAGAAUAUGAAGGACAACCAGAGGACUGUUUCUCGAGAACCAGUCUGCACUUGUCAUUCACAAACUGGUCUGCUCCCGUCAGUACUGGUGCUGCUGGACGAGGUCGUCGUAGUGCUGAAGCCUGCCUUGUGGAGACUCUUGUAUCUGUCCCCGACCGGGGCCAAUGGAUUGGAGACCUAGAUGUGUUGACUGCUCUGCGGCGAGGCUGUUCGCAACCAGAUCACAAGUUCUUCUACUGUCACCCUUGUGGUCAUGAUCUUAGCCGGUUGGGAGAGAAGCAGUCAUACCCAGAUUGCAUCGUGGCUAUCAGGUCGUGGGAAGAAUUUCUCGACAGGCCCAAUAACCCAGCAGUGGUCCAGGCACAUGAAAACUGGGAAGCUACGCUUGCUGCUGCAGCCAUGGGAGUAGCAAGAGGGGAUAGUGUAUUCUUCUGCAGAGGCGCUGUCUGUCAAGAUUGCCUUCUCAAGUUGGAGACCUUUGGAGGGGAAGAUCUCAUUUUAAUCGAGCAUUGUUCAUCGCUUGAUAACACAAGCUAUAUUUCGGAUGGACCCCGGACAAGAAUGACCGAGAAAAGGGGCAUCUGGAAACUAAAGCGACAAACCAUCAGAGAAUGA